GGAAACCGAGGAGUGGGGGAUUCAUCCAGGACCCCGCAGUUUAGGAUGAUCGCGAUUAUUUAAAGACCUGUAGACUUGCAUGCUCCGCUAGACUCGAUAUUGGAACAACUCUUGCGAGGUCCAUUGAACUCUACGCUCUACAUUAAACCCACCUCAACACCAUGUCGAUAAUCAUCACAGGAGCCAGCGGCUACGUUGGACAAGAGCUGGCCGCCGCCCUCCUCUCCAGCUCCCCCGAUAUCACAGUGACUCUGACCGACGUAGUCGAGCCCGAAGUGCCCGCCUCAGCAGCGCAGCACGCAUCACGAGUGAAGCGCAUCCAAGCGGACCUGACGAACGCCAGCGUGAUCGAGGAGCUAUUCCCCCCAACCCAGCGCUUCGACACCGUCUACCUCCUCCACGGCAUCAUGUCCAGCGGCUCCGAAGCGAACUUCGAGCUCGGGAUCCGCGUGAACCUCGACGCCACGCGCUCCAUCCUCGACCGUCUACGCACCACCGCCCCCGGCAUCAAAGUCGUCUUCACAUCCAGCCUGGCCGUGUACGGCCUCGCACCCCCGGGCCUCCUCAUCGACGAGGGCAACUUCCCACCCAUCCCGUCGUCGUCGUACGGCUCGCAGAAACUCAUCAUCGAGACCCUCCUCAACGACUACUCCCGGCGCGGCUUCCUCGACGCCCGCGCCGUCCGUCUCCCCACGGUGACCGUGCGAGCGGGCAAGCCCACGCAGGCGGCCAGCAGCUUCGCCAGCGACAUCAUCCGCGAGCCGUUCCAUGGCAAGAGCGCCGUGUUGCCCGUCAGUCGGGAGACGGAGUUGUGGAUCUGCUCGCCGUAUACGGUCGUGCGGAACUUGCUGCGGGCGCGUGAGAUUCCGCCCGAGGCGUUUGGCGGCGAGUCUCGGUCGGUCAAUCUGCCUGGGUUGAAGGUUAGUGUGCAGGAGAUGUUAGAUGCGUUGGAGAAGAUCGGGGGGAAGGAGAGGCGGGCGCUGGUGAGGGAGGAGUUCGAUGCGGAUGUUGAUCGGAUUGUGCAGACGUGGACGCCGCAUUUUAAUACGGCGCGGGCGCUGAGACUGGGGUUUUCGGCGGAUGUGUCGAUGGAGGAGAAUAUUCGGCAGUUUGCGAGGGGGUUUGACAUAACGUUUAACCUCAACCAGGCUCUCCGGAGCCGGGCUGCCUUGAAGGCUGUCCAGCCCGUGAAGCGUGGCUUUGCGUCUCCCGUCAAGCUGCCCUCCACCACCCAGUCGACCACCCUCUCCAACGGCUUCACGAUCGCCACCGAGCACUCCCCGUGGGCGCAGACCUCGACCGUUGGUGUCUGGAUCGAUGCCGGUAGCCGGGCAGAGACUGACAAGACCAACGGAACUGCCCACUUCCUGGAGCACCUUGCCUUCAAGGGCACCAACAAGCGCACUCAGCACCAAUUGGAGUUGGAGAUUGAGAACAUGGGCGGUCACCUCAACGCCUACACUUCGCGAGAGAACACCGUCUACUACGCCAAGUCCUUCAACAACGAUGUCCCCAAGACCGUUGACAUCCUCGCCGAUAUCCUUCAGAACUCCCGCCUGGAGCCCGGUGCCAUUGAGCGCGAGCGUGAUGUGAUCCUCCGCGAGCAGGAGGAGGUUGACAAGCAGCUGGAGGAGGUUGUCUUCGACCACCUUCACGCCACUGCUUACCAGAACCAGCCCCUCGGCCGCACCAUCCUCGGCCCCAAGGAGAACAUCCAGACCAUCUCCCGGGACAACCUGGUCGACUACAUCAAGACCAACUACACCGCCGACCGCAUGGUCCUGGUCGGUGCCGGUGGCAUCCCCCACGAGCAGCUCGUCCGCCUCGCCGAGGAGCACUUCGGCUCCCUCCCCAGCCAGCCCCCUACCUCUGCGGCUCUGGCCCUCACCGCUGAGCAGAAGCGCACCCCCGAGUUCAUCGGCUCCGAGGUCCGUCUCCGUGACGACACCCUGCCUUCUGCCCACAUCGCCCUCGCCGUCGAGGGUGUCAGCUGGAAGGACGACGACUACUUCACCGGUCUCGUCGCCCAGGCCAUCGUUGGCAACUGGGACCGUGCCAUGGGCAACUCCCCCUACCUUGGCAGCAAGCUCAGCUCCACCGUUGAGCACCAGCAUCUUGCCAACAGCUUCAUGAGUUUCUCGACCAGCUACAGCGACACUGGUCUCUGGGGUAUCUACCUGGUUUCCGAGAACCUCACCCGCCUCGAUGACCUGAUCCACUUCACCCUCCGUGAGUGGUCUCGCAUGUGCUUCAACGUCACCUCCGCCGAGGUCGAGCGCGCCAAGGCCCAGCUGAAGGCCUCCAUCCUCCUCUCCCUGGACGGCACCACCGCCGUUGCCGAAGACAUUGGUCGCCAGAUCAUCACCACCGGCCGCCGUCUGUCCCCCGAGGACAUCGAGCGCACGAUCGGCCAGAUCACCGAGAAGGACGUCAUGGAGUUCGCCAACCGCCGCCUGUGGGAUCAGGACAUCGCCAUGAGCGCCGUCGGUAGCGUCGAGGGUAUCCUCGACUACCAGCGCAUCCGUGCGGACAUGAGCCGAAACACCCUGUAAACGCGGAACUGUUGUGUAUGUUUAAUCUUAUACAUUUUGCUUGCGUCUCAGAGUUACGGAAUUUUUCUUUUUGUGUUAUUGGUGAUUUAAUAGAUCGCAGAC